AUGAUGGCUAUUCCAUCACAAUGUUCAUUAGAAUUACUUACAGAUUCAUCAUCUCAUUUAUUAACUAAACCAACUACACAUAUCAUCAAUAAUGAUUGUUUAUCUUAUUCAAUCAAUCCAAUGAUAGAAUCAAUAAUUGAUUCAUCAAAUAUUGAUCAAUUGACUAUAAAAUCAAUAAAUCAUCAUCAUCAUGAUAAUGAUAAAUCAAUAUCAUCGAAUUCUACAAAUGAUUGUCCUAUAGAAACACAAUUAUAUAAUGAAGAAGAGAAAAUUUUAACCCAAUGUUUAAUCCAUGAUAAUACUAAUAAUACUACUAAUAUUAAUAAUACUACUACUAAUAAUAGUAAUCAAUUAUUAAAUGAUUUCUAUUAUGAUCAUGAUCUAUUACAUAAUCCAUAUUUAUAUCAUACAUAUUAUGAUAUUGAUUAUGAUUUAACUGGAAUCCCACCAUUCAAUCAUUCAUCAUUAAUGAAUAAUACUGGUUUAACAAGAUCUACUAGAAAAAUUGAUAAUGAUCCAACAAUAUUAUUAACUUUAUUAAAAUGGGCACGUAUUGGUUCGAAUCAAUUCCAUGGAGAUGAUGAUCUAAUUGAUCGAAUGAAUUAUCAAUAUACAAGUGUAUUAUUAUUGAUUUUAUUAACAUUAACUGGAUUUCGUCAAUAUUUAUCUCAUCUCCCAUUACAAUGUUGGAUACCUCAAGAAUUUUCACGUAGUUGGGAAGAAUAUGCUGAACAUUAUUGUUGGGUAACAAAUACAUAUUUUACUAAUGUUCAAUCAGCUAUUCCACCUGUUAAUAAUCGUACAACAGUUGUACGUUAUUAUCAAUGGGCUACAUUUGUAUUCAUAUUACAAGCUGCUGGAUUUUUUCUACCAUGUCUUAUUUGGAGAUUACUUCAGAAUCAUUCAGGAUUUCAUGUUCAACGAAUAAUGCGUAGUGCAAUUCGUUUAAAUUAUGCUGAAACAGAUUCAUCACAAUUAAUUACAUAUGGAUUAGCACGAUAUAUUGAUAAUGUUAUUUAUCAUAGAUCAUAUAAACAAUGGCGUAUUCAUUCACCAAAGAUAAAAUCACAUUUCAAACAUAAAUCAUCAAAGAAUCAUUCUAUGAUUAAAUCUCCUCAAAAGUCUACUUCUCAUACAUCAUCUUCUACAACAUUGACAUCAACAUCACAUGAUAUUGGCACUGAGACAAAACUUGUUAAAUUUGAUAAUGAAUCAUUGCCAACAAAACAAACAUCACAUCCAUGUAAAACUUUACCAAGUGAAUGUACCGUGCCAAGAAGUUAUAAAAAACAACGUGCACCACAACCGCCAGUAACCAUCACCACUUCUACUACUACUACUACCACAACUACUGUUAUUACUACUAAUACUACAACUGCAACUACAGCUGUUAUGGUCACUACAAAGAAUUCUUUAAAAGUAAACUCUGAUCAAAUCAUUUAUACAUCUAGUCCUAUAUUAAAAUCUACAUCAAAUAGUACACAAUCAAAAUUGAAUUCUUUAUCAUUAAAACAAAAUGAUCAUAGAAAAUUCUAUUCACCUAUAUGUAAUACAUGUGGAUUAUGUUUUAAUAAUUUAUCAAUAAUCGAUAGAAAAAUCAAAACAAGAUCAACUCAACCGUUAGUAACUACUUCUACAAUAACAGAAAUAUCACCACCACCACCACCAUCAUCAUCAUCAUCAUCUUCAUCAUCAUCACCCCCACCACCACCAACAACAACAACAACAACGCCAACCGAGUUAACAACCGGUGCAACUUUAUUCAACUCAAAGAAUAAUUCAAAAUUACAAAGUACUCAAUCAACAUUGAAUCCAUCCCAACAAAAAUCAUCAUCAUCAUCAUCAUCAUCAUCAUCAUCAUCAUAUUAUAAUCAACAACAAUCAAUGAAUUCUAAUAAACAAUCAUUAUUACAUAAUUAUCAAUCUAAAUCUAAAAUAUUUUCUAUUAAAAAUACAUGUUAUCAAUUAAUAUAUAAUUUAGGGUUAUUUUUACGUUGUUUCUUAACAUUAUUAUGUUUAUUACCAACAUGUUUAUUUCAUUGGUUGCUAUGUGGUAAUGGUGUUAGUGGUGGGGGUGGGGGUGGUGGCGGUGGUAACCAAAAAAUUAAAAGAAUUCAACGUAGUCAUAGUUUUUUAUUUUAUUUAUAUGUUACUAUCAAAUUAUUAUAUUUAAUAAAUAUAAUUGGACAAAUCUAUUUACUAAAAAUAUUUCUUGGUGUCAAAUCAUAUUUUUUUGGUAUUUAUGUAUUAAAAGAUUUAAUCUAUGGGAAUAUAUGGAGUGAAACAGGACAUUUUCCACGUGUAACCUAUUGUGAUUUUGAAGCGAAAAAAUUAGGAAAAAAUUAUAAAACAUUAUGGAAUUUAUUUUUAACAAGAUUAUAUACAAUACAAUCAAUAAUUUUAUCAAAAAUCAAUAAUCCAUUAAUUGAUUCAAUGAAUGAUGAUCAAAAGAAAUUCACUUAUUUAUAUCGAUCAAUCAAUAGAAAUCAAUCAAAUGUAUUAUUGAAAUCAAUAAUCAAUGAACAAAAUGAUCAUGAUCAUCAUCAUCAUAAUAAUAAUAAUAAUCAAUUAUUUAAUGAUCAUUUCAUGAAAUCAUUAAAGAAAUAUUCAAUAACAAAAAAUUAUUCAAAAUCAUUUCUAUAUAAUCAUGAUCAUAUUGAUCCGAUAUUCUAUUUAAAUGAUAAUAAUCAUAAUGAUCCUUUCAUAUAUUCUAAACAAUUUCAUUCAUGUUGUCAACCAGUAACUAAGUAUGGGGAUACCAUUAAUGUUACUACUAAUAAUAGUAAUAAUAUGAACAUUUGUCAUUCAACAGAUAUAUUUGAAAGUUCCGAUAGCAUUGUAUAACAUAUUCAUAUUCAUCAUGAUGAGUUUUCGUGUGUGUGUGUGCGUGUGUUUGUGUAAAUUUUAUAUAAAAUAAAACAUAUGCUGAUUAGUGACUGGCUUCAAGAAGUAUUUCAUGAAGGUUUGAUGAGAAACAGUGAUCCGUCGAGUUUAACUGUAUCUAUUGUGAGAUAGUAAUUCAUU